CUAAGUUUUUCCGCCAUGGCUAACCUUUGCCCUGAACAACACAAGUUCCAUGCUGCCCAUCAACUCCUACUAGGAAAGAAAGCUUUCCGUGAGAUUGACAUUCCUCCUCGUAAGCUUCUCGCCGCCGCCCGUCUAGAUCUACUCACCGAUUCGCCGCGUUCGCUUGAAGAAACUGCCCUGUUGCAGAAAUACCUUCCGUAUAACGGCGGUGAAGAUGAUGAUGAAGAUGCAGAUCCGUACUCUUCUGACCAUUUCCGCAUGUACGAGUUCAAGGUUCGCCGUUGUACUCGUAGCCGGAGCCAUGAUUGGACCGAUUGCCCUUUUGCUCAUCCUGGAGAGAAGGCAAGAAGGAGGGAUCCACGCCGGUUUCAUUAUUCCGGCACUGUUUGUGCUGAUUUUCGCCGUGGGAGUUGUAACAGGGGAGAUAAUUGUGAAUUUGCUCAUGGGGUUUUUGAAUGUUGGCUACACCCUGUUCGUUAUAGAACUGAGGCAUGCAAAGAUGGAAAGAAUUGCAAACGUAAGGUUUGUUUCUUUGCACACACUCCCCGUCAGCUUCGAAUCCUGCCCCCGUCUUCCCCAACUGAGAACCGGAACCCUACUUCCGCCGCCGGAGGCGGCAGCAGCGGCGGAGGCGGCGGAGGAGCAAGCCGGACUUGUUGUGCUUAUUGUCACUGUUCUAAUUCUUCCCCCAAAUCAACUUUAUUGGGUAUUUCUUCAAAUUACUCCCCACCAUUGACUCCGUCUUCCCUGACUAAUUCCCCACCUCUGUCUCCUCCGGCGAGGACUCGGGCUGUUCCACAGAUGUCACAUUUCAGUGAACACAUGGGAGGAAAAGGUAACUCUGGUAUGGUAAGUGAACUGAUGAACUCUAUGAAUAACAUGAAUCUGAACCCUAAGAAAAGACUUUCUUGGGUUGAUAUUGAUGUAUGUGAUGUGGAUGAGAAUACCCAAUUCGUAAUUUCUCCUAAUUCAAUUGAAACUAGCCCAUCCACUUCGGGUUACAAGCGAUACUCUUUUGAUGAGAAGAUGAUGAUUGAUAUGGGACUUGUUUGUCCGGAUCUUGGUUGGGUUGAUGAUCUUCUGACAUGAAUGUUCGGUGUUGGUGGUGUUGUUGGUCGGUGUUGUUGAGGAUGAUUCAGAUCUAUGGGUGGGGGAUUUUAACAAUAAAGUCAUCAAGCAGAAGAAGAAGAUUAGAUUUUAUGUAGAAAUCAAGGCAGGAGUGAUUGUAAAUGCAGAAGCAAUCAAUUAUUUAUAUGUGUGUGUUUUUCGAUGUAAGGUUUAUGUUCUCUUUUCUGUGACUAGGUUUAAUUAAGUUUUUCAUUUGUGUCUGCAUGUGAUUAUCAAUAAGGUUUUUUCAUCUUUUGUUUUGAGUGAUUAUGUUUGUUUAGUUAAUCGAGUCAAGUCUUGUAUGUGUUUUUGAUUAUGAAUGAAUUGAAUUAUGAACUAUUUUCUUUCUA